AUGUCAAGCCGUGGUAGAAGAAACCAACCCGGGGGUCGUACCAAGUUUCCGUGCAUUUUUGGCAGUUCGGGCAGGCAAGGAUCAUCUUGGGUCUCCUCUUUAUGGUGGGAUGUUAACAACCUAGUUGGCACGCACGUCCAUAUUGCCGAUGAUAAUGGGUAUGGUAGUUAUUCCAUUCUCAAUGAUACCCCUAUAAACCAACCCAGGAGGCGAGUGAGACAACAAGGUGGUGAUGUGGGUGAUGAUGAACCACCCGUGAUUCCAACUGAAGAUGAGCUUCCUAUAGACCCAUACAAUUUUUCUUUAUGGCAGUAUCAGUAUAACUUGGGACGGGGUGUCAAUUACACUAACAUGCAUUUUGAUCUCCUUAUGCAAUAUCUGAACAUUCAACGACCAAGUGCUUAUCCAGUCAUGUACCCGUACAUACCAAUUUGGAACGAAUUAUGGCGAGAACAACAAAGUGGAGUGAGCGGAAGUGGAGGUGGAGAUAAUGAUAAGGAUGAAGAGUGA